AAUCUUCUCUCUCUAUCAACUGUGUCUUUAUCUUGCUUCAUGUUUCUCUAUAUUUCCAUCCCUUUUCCUUCUCUUCUCUCAUCACUUGUCUCAUGCAUCCAUCCCGAAGGAAAAAUCCUAUCUUUUCCUCAGUAACAGUAGCCAUGAAGCACAAGAAAAACAACAAUCUCUCUGUAUUUGUUGUAGUUUUUUCUGUUUUUCUCUUUGGAGUUUUCAUGUACAAUGAGGACGUUAAAUCCAUGGCUGAAUUCCCAUUUUCCUGGCCAAAAUCUCAAGAAAUUCAAGAAGAACAAUCCAAACAAGAAAACCCAGUUCGAGAAAGUAUCAACAAUGAUAAUGAAGGUACUGUUUCUAGCAGUUCAAGAACGUUAUCGUUAGAAGAACCUCAUGAUCAUCGUCAGUAUUCUGAUGAAACUACGAGUCAAGAAUCUGUUGAUCAGAAGAUUGAAUUGCCAGUGAUGGAGGAAGAUGAUGAAGACGUUGAAUUGCCACCCGAAGAGUGUGAUCUUUUCUCAGGGCAAUGGGUUUUUGAUAAUCUCACACGUCCUUUGUAUAAAGAAGAUGAGUGUGAGUUUCUUACAGCUCAAGUGACGUGUCUUAGAAAUGGCAGAAAAGAUUCUUUGUAUCAGAAUUGGAAAUGGCAGCCAAGAGAUUGUUCAUUACCAAAGUUCAAGCCAAGGCUUUUGUUGAACAAGCUAAGGAACAAGAGGCUUAUGUUUGUUGGAGACUCAUUGAAUAGGAAUCAAUGGGAAUCAAUGAUCUGUUUGGUUCAAUCUGCAAUUCCUUCUGGAAGGAAAACCUGGAGGAAGGAAGGAUCUCUUGCUAUUUUCACAAUGGAGGACUAUAAUUCGACGAUAGAGUUUUAUUGGGCACCAUUUCUAGUGGAAUCAAAUUCUGAUGAUCCAAAUAUGCACAGCAUACUGAACCGUAUAAUAAUGCCAGAAUCAAUUAACAAACACGGUGUUAAUUGGAAAAAUGUGGAUUAUCUAAUCUUCAACACAUACAUAUGGUGGAUGAACACUUUCUCCAUGAAAAUUCUACGUGGAUCGUUCGAUGAAGGAGCCACUGAAUAUGAUGAGAUCGAACGGCCAUUAGCUUAUAGGAGAGUGUUGACUACAUGGUCUAAGUGGGUAGAUGAAAAUGUGGAUCCUAAUCGUACCAUGGUCUUCUUCAGUAGCAUGUCUCCUCUCCAUAUCAAGAGCUUGGAUUGGAACAAUCCAGAUGGAAUAAAAUGUGCCAAAGAGACAACACCAGUACUCAAUACGACAAGGCGUUUGAAUGUGGGGACAGAUCGUAGGCUGCUUGUUAUAGCAUCAAAUUUGACAGAAACAAUGAAAGUGCCUGUUCAUUUUAUAAACAUCACUACUCUCUCUGAAUAUAGAAAAGAUGCACAUACAUCCGUUUACACCAUCCGUCAAGGCAAGAUGCUUACACCAGAGCAGCAAGCCGAUCCGACGACCUAUGCUGAUUGUAUUCAUUGGUGUCUACCUGGAUUGCCUGACACGUGGAAUGAAUUCAUAUACACACGUAUCAUUUCUCACUCGUGACCUUCAAAGACUUUCACAUGCCAUUAUUAUUUUUUUUUAUUUUGUUAAAAUUUGUGUUAUUCUUGUAAUUUCCCCACAUUUGCUCUUUUUAGCUUGAAUUCUAGGGUUCAAUCAUCCACAACAAUUUUCUUUUUUUGGGAACUUUGUUCAUCCUUACUUGACUGAGGUGGGGAGAUUAUUAUUACUAGGCAUGGAAAUUUUGCACUAAUUUUGGAUGAAAAAUCAUGCCUAAGAUGGGAAAAAAAAAGUGUAUUAUGCAUAUGUUGAAACAACUUAAUAAAGUAAAUACAAAAUUGUAUGUAAA